UGACACCGCAACCAGCCAAGGGGAGGAAGGCAAGAGCUGGCCCGGAGCUGCUGCCUUUACGCGGCUGGCCCCGCCUUGCCCGCUGGAGCACACAUGGCUCGGUUUCCAGCAGUUGCUGUCAUUCAGGCGCUCCCUCCUCCUCCUCCUCAUCCGCCUCCUCCUCUCGCCGCCGCGGCGCGCAAACAGGCUCAGCCGGGCCUCCGCCGGCUCCUGCGCGAGAUGCGAUGAACUAGAGAGCCGCUCGCAGCGGCGGCAGCAGCAGCAGCUCCUUUUGUUCGCAGUCAGGCGGCCCGGCUGCGUCGCUGUAGCUGCGCGUCCCUUCGGGGAUCCCGGGCAUGAGCCCGGCCGGCCGCCUGCGCCCAUGCGGGGCUUUGAGUCUUGUUGACGGGGGGGACGCGACCUUGCGAGGGGGCCCCCGCGGCGGGAGAUGCGCUGGUUCCCGGAGACGCCUGGAGCAGCAUGUUCCCCGAUGCCGACGCCGCUAACGUGCCCUCCAGCAGCAGCAGCAGCAGCAGCAGCGGGCAGCUCGAUUCGGCCGCCGCCGGCUCCCCUGCAGCUCAGAGUCCCGGCGAGUCGUGCGGGAGCGGCAGCGUCCCGGCCGCCGCCGCCGCCGCCGAAGAGGACGACGAGGCGGCGGCGGCGACUGGUCGCGGCUUGCCCUGCUCCAUGCUGGCCGCCGGACUGGGGGUGCUGUUGCUGGCGGUGUCCCUCUUCCACCUGGGCCGGCAGAAGGAGGGCGACGACGGCGAGGAGGCGGCCGAGGCUGGCGGGCAGCCCAGCCUGGCCUUGCUGCUGCUCCAGCUGGCCCUUUACCUGGCCUGCGCCGCCAGCGCCUUCGUAGUCGGCACCUUGCUGGCUCUCGUCAGCCGGAGCCGCGGCCGCCUCAGACCCCCGCCGGAUUUCCGCGCUGCCUGGAACUGCCGCUACCCGGGCAGGGAAAACGCCGCUCCCUUACUGCAAGCUGCCGUGACUCUUUUAUCUGGAAACGCACAUGAAUCUGUCCAGUCAAGGAGACUGAUGAUUUCUCACAACAUGGAUAAAGCUCUGAAAGAAGUGUUUGACUACAGCUACAGAGAUUACAUUUUAUCUUGGUAUGGUCACCUCAGCAGAGACGAGGGACAGCUGUACCACCUGCUAUCUGAAGACUUCUGGGAAGUUGCCAAGCAGCUGCGACAGAGGCUCAGUCACAUUGAUGUAGUUAAAGUCGUCUGCAGCGAUGUAGUGAAAGCUUUGUUAACCCACUUUUGUGACCUUAAAGCAGCCAGUUCCAGACUGGAAGAGCAGCCACGGCCAUUUUUAUUGCAUCCGUGUUUGAGGAACUCUGAUGAAGAAGCAAGAUUCCUGCAAGCAUGUUCUCAAAUUUUGGUGUAUUGUCUUCUGCCCUCAAAGGAUGCCCGGUCGCUGAGCUUGCGCAUAGUCCUUGCAGAAAUACUUGCAUCAAAAGUACUGAAACCCAUGGUAGAGCUCCUGAGUGAUCCCAACUACAUCAACCAAAUGUUGCUUGUCCAGAUGGAGUACCGGGAACAGGUGAACGAGCAUCACAAAAGAGCCUACACAUAUGCUCCUUCUUACGAAGAGUUCAUCAAGCUUAUUAACAGCAACUCGGAUGUUGAGUUCCUCAAACAACUAAGGUAUCAGAUUUUAGUGGAAAUAGUUCAAGCAACCACUAUCGGCAGCUUUCCACAGUUGAAAAGGCAAAAAGAGAGUAAAGGUAAAGAGACGGCUGCAAUGAAAGCUGACCAUCUGAGAGCCCGGAACAUGAAGAGGUAUAUUAACCAGCUAACAGUAGCAAAAAAGCAGUGCGAAAAGCGAAUACGGCUUCUGGGAGGUCCUGAUUAUGACCAGCAAGAAGAUGGCAUCUUUGACGAUAGUGAUGGCCCACAGAACCAGAAGAUUCUUCAAUUUGAGGAUAUUUUGUGCAACCCAUCCUACAGAGAGCACUUCCGAACAUACAUGGAAAGAGUGGAUAAGAGAUCUUUGAUCAGAUAUUGGGAAUCCGUGGAAUACUUGAAGAAUGCUAACAAGGCUGAAAUACCUCAACUUGUGAGUCAAAUCUAUCAGGAUUUCUUUGUAGAAGGCAGAGAGAUUACUGUGGAAAAGUCACUGUAUAAAGAGAUACAGCAGAGCCUUGUAGGCAACAAAGGCAUUGAGGUGUUUUACAAAAUCCAGACUGAUGUUUAUGAAACACUGAAGGACAGGUACUACCCAUCGUUCCUUGUCAGCGAUUUGUAUGAGAGGCUGAUCAAGAAGGAAGAAGAGAGGAGUACCGUUCAGAUGACAUCUGACGACAAAGAUGAAGUGAACCAAGUUUGUGAAGAAGUUAUUGAUGAAGGAAGCUCCGGAAUUAAUGAGCAGGCCAGUUACGCUGUGAAUAAGCUACGCCAGCUAAAUGACAGACUUGAAUAUAAGAGACAAGCUCUAAAUUCUCUCUGCAGUUCACCAAAACCUGACAAAAAGAUUGUUUCUAAACUGAAGGAUGAAAUCACUCUGAUGGAGCGAGAACACGGUGACCUUCAAUUGCACAUUGAAAGAACAGAUUGGUGGUGUGAGAAUUUCGGCAUGUGGAAAGCCUUCAUAAAUUCCAGCGAAGUCAUAGAAGAAAAUGGUGAACAAGUGCCCUGUUACUCUGUCAUGGUGAGUUUACAAGAGAUUGGCAGCGUUGAAGCUAAGGAAUGGACGGUACUCCGAAAGCUCAGCGAGUUUCAAAGCCUACAUAGGAAACUCAGUGAGUGCUUCCCAUCAUUAAAAAAAGCUCAGUUGCCUUCACUCAGCAAACUGCCCUUUAAAUCAGUAGACCAGAAAUUUAUGGAGAAGUCAAAGAACCAGUUAAAUAACUUCUUACAGAAAUUGCUUUCUGAUGAAAGGCUCUGUCAGAGUGAAGCACUUUAUGCCUUUUUAAGCCCUUCUCCAGAACACCUCAAGGUUAUCGAUGUACAGGGAAAGAAAUCUUCUUUUUCACUCGCUUCUUUUUUGGAGAGGCUUCCCGGUGAUUUCUUUUCUCAUCAAGAGGAGGAGGCUGAAGACGAUGACGACCUGUCUGACUAUGGAGAAGAUGUGGAUGGGAAACGGGAUGCCCUUGCGGAGCCUUGCUUCAUGCUGAUAGGAGAGAUAUUUGAGCUGCGAGGAAUGUUUAAGUGGGUGAGGAAGACGCUAAUUGCACUAGUUCAAAUCACUUUUGGAAGAACCAUCAACAAGCAAAUUCGUGACACUGUAAAUUGGAUCUUCAGUGAACCAAUGCUUGUUUACUACAUCAAUGUGUUCCGAGAUGCUUUUUGGCCAAAUGGAAAACUAGCAUCCAGCUCAAAGCCCAGAAGUGAAGAGCAAAGCCGGGAGACGAAACAGAAAGCACAGCAAAAAUUACUUGAAAACAUUCCAGAUACACUACAGAGUCUUGUUGGUCAGCAAAAUGCUCGCCAUGGUGUAAUCAAAGUCUUUAAUGCACUUCAAGAAACCAAGGCCAAUAAGCAUCUUCUUUAUGUGUUAUUGGAAUUGCUGCUAAUUGAACUGUGUCCUGAGUUGCGAACUCAUUUAGAACAGCUUAAAGCAGCUCAGAGGGCUGGCUGAGGACUACUGCAAAUUUGUAUUUUUCUUUUCUUUUUAAAUUCUACAUGGAGCAAACAAGACUUGAAAGAACUGACGAUACGGUAGAAUGCCAGCACUGCGUAGUUUCUGGCUUUUAUUUAACUUGUUACAUGAAUAAUUCUGUUUAAGAUGCAGAUUGAAAUGUAAAUGUUAAUAUAAUGUAUAAGAACUAUAGAGUAUUUUAAAACAUUUAUGAAAGGCAUUUUGCUUUAGUGGUAUACCAAUGAAUGUUGUACAGUUAAUUUCCUUGCUGAGGAUAAUGAACAUUCCUCUAUUUUCUUGUUGUAUUGAAGAGCCUUGUUGUGCAAUAUAUGUAAAGAUAUUGUGUAAAUUUUAUUGUUUUUAUUUUUACCAAAGAUUUCCCAUAGUUUGGAGCCUUUGUAAGCAAUAAAUAACAAAAAUGAA